AUGGCCGCUCAGGUCGCUAGCGUUGCGGCGCUCAAGACGGCCACCGAAUUAAAAAAGCCGGAGCGAAACGCGCCGGACGAGACGGUAAUGGGAGAAAAGCCUCAGGUAAACAAUGAUAACGGUGACUCUCCUGUUCAGAAAGAGCUGCAAGACGGCGCCGAGGUAGCUAAUGCAGGAGGAGGAGGGGACUAUGACAUGAAGAACGGCAAUUCCAGGAUGAGUAACAGUAAUAAUAAUAAUAACCAAAACGAUACCGAAGCUAAUAGCCAUUCAGGUAUUGGUCAUCACCACUCGGGCAGUUUCCCUCCACCGCCAUACGGUUAUAACCAGCACUACUGUCGGGGUCCUUUUCAUCAACAUGGCGGACAACAAAGCCCUGGCAUGGCAGCUGCGGCGGGGCUGUCGGGCAGCAUGAUGGAGCCCUAUUCGCCUAACUCGCACGAACACAGCUUCCCAAACCACUACAACAACUACGGGCCAUUCCCGAACCGGACUCAGAAUCAGGGCCAAGGCUACGGUAUGAAUUCUCCACGAAGCAAUCAGGCUUCGGCUCCCGCGGGCCAGUCAGGCAAGCAGCAGCAGCAGCAACAACCACCAGGAGGAUCCUCAAUUAUGGGUCCUUCCAAUAAUAAUCAGAGGUAUAACAUCGGCAACCCUCAGCCAACUUCUACCCCGACUUUAAACCAGCUUCUCACCUCCCCGAACUCAACAAGAGGCUACCAAAACUACCUACACAACGACUUCAACAGUCAGGACGGAACUAAUAAGGGACCAGGGGACAUGGGCAGCACUAAUCAGUAUGGUGGGGGCCAUCCGCCUUGGCAACAAAGAGGCCAUCAUGCGCCCCCCAUGAGCCCGGUAAACACUGGACAACCGCUUAACAGAAACCAGCCCCCAAGCCCAAUGGACCAGAUGAGCAAGAUCCGGGGCCAGCAUUACGGACCAGGAAACCCCUACACACAGCAGCAGGGGCCUCCACCAGGGUCCCAACAGGGGCCUCCUUACCCUGGGCAAGGUUAUGGAUCAUCUGGACCCCAGCGAUAUCCCAUGAGCUCACAGGGACGCACCCCUGGAGGACUGGGUAGCAUUCAGUAUGGACAGCAGAUGAGUUAUGGACAAGGCCCAGGAGCAUAUGGCCAGAAUCAAGGAAAUUACUAUGGGCAGCAAGGACCUUCUCCUCCACAAGGAGGCCCCCAACAGACUUCUUACCCCCAGCACCCUUCCAGUGUCCCAGGCUCCCAGCACCCAUACUCUCAACCUCCAUCAGGUCCCUCUCAUCCUCAGGGAGGGCCUUCUUUCCCACAGCAGCACCAGGGCCAAUCGCCAUAUCCCCAUUCUCCACAUUCCCAAACUGGCCAGCAACCAUACUCCCAGUCCCAGACUUCAUCUCAGUCCCCGGGUACACCUCAGUCAGCCCAGGGUCCUCAGCAGCCUGGAUAUCUUCAGCCAUCACCUGGUUCUGUGCAGUCUCCUCAGCAACAGCCUUCGCAGCAGCAGCAACCCAACACAGGACCACACCAGCCUUCAUCCUACCCACAAACCCCACCAAUGCAGCCUCAACAGCAGUCACCUUUUCAACGCUUUCCACCUCCACAGCAGGAGCUAUCCCAAGACUCCUUCACUUCCCAGACCUCUGGACCCCCUUCUAACCAACCUCUGGCUUCUAGUAAAAGUAGUACAGAGGAUGGCAUGCAGGGUCGACCUUCCAGCCUACCGGACUUGGGCUCCAUUGAUGACCUGCCCACGGGCACAGAGGGUGCAUUGAGUCCAGGGGUCAGCACAUCUGGUGUCUCCAGCAGCCAGGGCGAGCAGAGCAACCCUGCUCAGUCACCUUUCUCCCCACACACUUCUCCUCACAUGUCAAGUAUACAAGGGCCUUCCCCCUCACCUGUGGGUUCGCCUGCCAGUACCACUACUUCUCGCACUGGACCAGUUUCACCUGCCGGAAAUCAGAUGCCUCCUAGACCUUCCAGUGUUCAAUCCGAUGGAAUCCUACAUGCUUCCAUGAACCAGUCAGCCACAGGCCAGGACAGAGCCUUCAUGCGGAACCCACAGAUGCCUUCAUAUGGCUCUCCUCAGCCUGCCUCUUCUUUAUCCCCACGUCAUUCAUCUGGAGGCCAAAUUCAUCCUGGGAUGGGCCCAUACAAUCACAACAACAGUUUGGCCAAUUAUGGACCUCAAGGAGGACAGUAUGGCCCGCAAGGUUAUCCAAGGCAGCAAGGUUAUGGUGGCAUGCCUGGUACUAACUACCAUGGUGGACCAGGCAUGGGUGGCUCCAUGAAUCCCAUGGCAGGACAGGGAGGAGGGGGUGCAUAUGGGGGGAUGCCCCCUGGACGCAUGGGUCCAGGUCAGAUAGGCGCAAGGCCUUACAGUCCUGCCAUGAGCCCCAACAUGGGAGGCGUGCCUACUCAGGUGGCCUCAGGAAUGUGCCCUCCGCCUGGCAUGAACAGAAAACCCCAGGAUCCGGCACUGGCAGGAAUGUCUCAUGGCCCAUCCAACUCAAUACACAGGCCAUCUGGUUAUCCCAACACAGCCCAGGGCAUGAUGGGAGCUGGGUCUCCUUAUGCUCCGCCCAUGAACAGCAUGCAGGGAAUGAUGAACCAGGCAGGGCCAUAUGCUAUGGGUGGCAAUAUGGCCAACAACUCAGCAGGUAUGGUUCCUAGCCCAGAGUUUGGCAUGGAAAAGCUUAACCAAAAUCAGAAGAUAAAUAACAAAGCAGAUGGGACUCCAAAGACUGCAUCAAAAAAGAAGUCAAAUUCUUCAACCACUACGAAUGAAAAAAUAACACGGUUGUAUGAGCUGGGCCCUGAACCAGAGAGAAAGAUGUGGGUAGACCGUUACCUAGCCUUUGCUGAGGAGAAAGCCAUGGGCUUGAGCAACCUGCCUGCAGUGGGCCGCAAGCCUCUAGACCUCUUUCGUCUUUAUGUCUCCGUCAAAGAGAUUGGCGGUCUAACUCAGGUAAAUAAGAACAAAAAAUGGAGAGAACUUGCAACAAACCUGAAUGUAGGAACCUCUAGCAGUGCAGCAAGCUCACUGAAGAAGCAGUACAUUCAAUGUCUGUAUGCAUUUGAGUGCAAGAUUGAGCGUGGAGAAGACCCGCCGCCUGACAUUUUUACUAAUGACACCAAAAAGAACCAGGCAAAGGUGCAGCCUCCCUCUCCAGCGGGAUCUGGAUCUUUACAGGGCCCCCAGACACCCCAGUCUACUACAAGCUCCAUGGCUGAAGGAGGAGACCUGAAGCCCCCCACACCUGCUUCAACACCCCAUAGCCAGAUGCCUCCUAUGCCUGGUGGACAGUAUGUCAAAAAGAGCAGUGUGAAUGUUCAAGACCCUUUCGCUGACGGUGGAGAUCCUGCUUUUCCUAGACGAAACAUGACUCAAAACUCUAGCUACCAGCCUGGCAUGGCUGGACCUCCAGACAUCAUAGGUCGAAUGGGAUAUGAGCCUAAUAAAGAUCCUUUCAGUGGUAUGAGGAAAGCUGGAGAGCAGUUCAUGACUCCAGGGCAAGGCCCCAACAUUGGAAUGGGUGAGCAAUAUAACCGAGGUCAUCCAGGACCAAUGGGCAUGCAGAUGGGACAACGACAGCAGUAUGGACCAUAUGAUAGACGACAAGAGCCAGGCAUGGAUCCAGAUGGUACGGGACCUGGAGCUCCACAACCAAACAUGAUGCCUACUGGUUCUGACCCAGGGAUGUAUUCACCUAACCGGCCCCAACAGCAGCAAAGGCCUGAAAUGUAUAGUAAUCAGUACGUGGGACAAAAUGCUCCCCCUGGAGGGCCAUAUCAAAAUCAACAGCCUGGUAUCUAUCCACAGCAGCAGCCGAAUUACCCUCAGAAGCGGCCUGUAGAUGGUAGUUAUGGUCCUCCAUCAAAGCGUCAUGAAGGGGAGAUGUAUCCAUUCAGUGGACCACAGCAGCAGGACUCGCAGCCAGUGGGUGCUCACCCAGAAAUGUACAACCAGUAUAAUGCCUACCCUGGUUCAGACCGACGUCCAUCUGGUGCACAGAAUCAGUUCCCCUUUGGUUUUGGUUGUGAUAGAGGACCUAAUGCUGUAGGCUCAAACACCCAGUCCUCCAUACCACCACAGAUCAUGGGUAGCUCCAUGACAUCAGUUCCUGAUGGGCCUCAGGGUCGCAUCUGGCAGAGCCGCAAUGAUGUAAACUAUCCAAACUUUCCUAACCGACAAGGACCUCCUGGAGUUCCCCCUCAAGGUCCAGGCUAUCCCAGCAUGAACCGCUCAGAAGACAUAGUGCCUUCAGACCAGAGAAUGAAUCAUGAAGGUCUCUGGCCUGACCAUGUUAACCAACAGCAGCCAUCAUAUCGACCUGGUGGUUCUGGCCCUCCUAUGUCUCGAACGCCGCAGUCCAAUUAUCAGUCAUCUCAGAACCACAUUCCACAGGUAUCCAGCCCAACUCCAAUGCCGAGACCUAUAGAGAACAGGAGCUCACCUAGCAAAUCCCCAUACUUGCACCCUGGGAUGAAGAUUCAAAAAGCUGGACCUCCAGUCCCAGCCUCACACAUAGUCCAAACACCAGUGCAGCCUCCAUUAAUAAGGAGAGAUGUAGCCUUUCCACCCGACUCUGUGGAAGCAACUCGGCCAAUUCUCAAACCACGCUGCAGACUAACAUCGAAAGAAAUUGGAACACCAGAAGCCUGGAGAGUCAUGAUGUCCCUCAAAUCAGGGUUAUUAGCAGAGAGCACUUGGGCCUUGGACACCAUUAAUAUUCUUUUAUAUGAUGACAAUAGCAUUUCCACCUUUAACCUGUGUCAGCUUCCUGGUUUCCUUGAACUGAUAGUGGAAUACUUCCGUAGAUGUCUUAUUGAGAUUUUUGGCAUCCUAAAAGAAUAUGAGGUUGGGGAUCCUGGGCAGCAAACACUUACUAACCCGGAUGCCGUGGACACUGAUAUGUCUGAUGAAGAAGGCCCAGAGGCAGAACAAGUAGAUAAUGUGGAAGAAGAGGAAGAGGAAGAGGAGAAGAACAGCCAUCAGACAUCUCGGAUCCAGGUCAAGCAGGAGAUAGAUGAGUCUACAGAGGACCAGGACGAGAAAAAGGAAUGUUCUUCAGUCAAAGCAUCUAGGUUGUCACCACCUUUACAUGACAGCACUGUGCUGCAAGAGAAGCCCAAACAGGCUAGCAAAUUUGACAAGCUUCCUAUUAAAGUUGUACGAAAAAGAGAUCUAUUUGUCAUUAAUCGCACAAGCAAGUUGGGCCGGCGGCAGACCUUUGACAGUGGCUUGAUUCACUGGAGUGUUGGUGGAGGAGAUACCACUGAGCACAUCCAAACCCACUUUGAGAGCAGGAUGGAGCCAAAAAGAGUUUCCACUAAUACAGAGCCUAAGCCAUUUUGUUUCACAGAUCACUCAAGAACUCAGAUGUGUGUACAGCACCAACAACCAGAGCCACAGCUCUCCUCCGACCAUCUGUCAGCAGAAUUAAAGAACGUAUCAAAAGCCAUUAAAUCAGCUAGCAUAGCGACUGCCUUUGCUUUUGAUGUGACGGCACGGCCAGAGUCUGUUGCUGAGGAAGCAUUACAGGGCAGCACAGAGAACAAGAGGGUAAAUGAUAAAUUCUUGCUGAGCAACAAACUGGCAGAGAAGAGCAGCUGUGCAAAGAUUCUGGAGGAUGAGCCCCACAGCAAGGACGAAACCCCACUGUGCACGUUAUCGGACUGGCAGGACUCACUGGCUCGUCGCUGCAUAUGCAUUUCGAACAUUGUUCGCAGCCUCUCCUUUAUCCCUGGUAACGAUAAUGAAAUGUCCAAGCACCCAGGCCUGUUGCUGAUUCUGAGUCGUGUGGUGCUCUUGCACCAUCGACACCCUGAGCGCAAGCAGGCUCCUGUCACUUAUGAGAAAGAAGAGGAGGAGGAUGAAGGAGUCAGCUGUGAGCAAGAUGAGUGGUGGUGGGACUGUCUAGAAGUUUUAAGAGAAAAUUGUCUGGUGACAUUAGCAAACAUCUCAGGCCAACUGGACCUAUCCAUAUACCCUGAGAGUAUCUGCCUGCCAUUGCUGGAUGGACUCCUCCACUGGGCCGUUUGCCCCUCAGCCGAAGCCACUGACCCCUUUCCCACACUUGGGCUAAAUGGUACAUUGUCACCCCAGAGACUGGUCCUUGAGACUCUUAGCAAGCUCAGUGUCCAGGACAACAAUGUUGACCUCAUUCUGGCCACGCCACCCUUUAGUCGCUUGGAGAAACUCUUUAGUUCAGUGGUGCGCCUAGUUGGUGAACGUAAGGUGCCAGUGUGCCGGGAGAUGGCCAUAGUGCUGCUGGCCAAUUUGGCCCAGGGUGACAGCAUGGCAGUCAGGGCCAUUGCCAUGCAAAAGGGCACUGUGGGAAACCUUCUAGGCUUUCUGGAGGACAGUCUAGCAGCUAAACAGUUCCAGCAGAGUCAGAGUUCAUUGCUGCACCUGCAGGGGGCACACUUUGAGCCCACUAGUGUGGACAUGAUGCGGCGGGCUGCCUGUGCUCUGCAUGCCCUCGCCAAAGUUGAGGAGAACCAGUCUGAGUUUAUGUUGUAUGAGUCACGGCUACUGGAUGUAUCUGUAUCCCCCCUCCUAAACUCAGUGGUGUGCCAUGUGAUCUGUGAUGUACUGUUUCAGAUUGGCCAGUCAUGACAGCUGUGGGAUUUAUUCCUCUCCUCCCUUUUCUUUUCUAAGUCUGUGUAUGAGUGAAGAAAAUGUGACAGUGGAAAUUGAUUGCGUGUUCUUUUUUAAUUUAUGCAAAUCACCUCAGAUUACACCGUUUCUACUUUCACCUCUUUCUGUAAUAAGGAUUUUACAAGUGAUUUCACGAAGUGGAUUUAACACAUGAUGAAACAAAAAGCAACUAACAGAUAAAUGACAGACACUGCAAAUGAGCCUGUGGAAAUGUACUGCCACUUCAGAAGGACUUUUUUAAUUAAAUGAAAAUUAGAUUUAAAAAAAUUUAAUGAAACUGUUACCAAAGUUGCUGUCACGUUUACAAUGAGUUUGGGAAAUAAAAUUGCCAAAAAUACUCCUUUGGGUUGGCAGGCACAAAGACCACCAUUAUCUAGUUUAAUGCUUUGAGACUAUAUAGUUUCAGACUUUUAUGUUUGGUGUAAGUUGUUGUAACUUGGCUGAAAGCCCAUGAACCAGGUCAUUGGCUGUAAACAGACAUUUAUAAAUGGGAGGCCUGUGCAGUAGAUCGUAGGAUUUUUUUUUGUACUGUACACAGUAAAAAUAGAAACUGUAAACAUACUGUAAUAAUACUGUUUUACACUGAGAUGAAGCUGACUUGGCAGCAAAAACUGUAGUUUUUAAGAUGAUUUUAGCUCUUGUUGAGAGAGGGGGGGAAAUAUUUCCCCCAAACUAUUGUGAACCUACAACACCCUGACCUCUUUGUCCCAUGAUUGUAUGACUUGACCCUUCAAGAAAAAAAACCUUAGGACUGGUCUUGAGCUACAAGUGCAGUCUAGGCUAAGAUGUAAAUAAUGAUGUAUAAUACACUCUGAUCUUUCUUUCUCUCACUUUAUGGCACUCCACCAUUUUUAAUCUUUGAUGAAUUAAAGAUUACACCUAAGAUCCCUUCAUUGCGCUUUGCCAUGUGUUUAUUUAUUCUUUCCUAUUUACCUGGGGCAUGUUUUUUUAGUUUGUUUUACUGUGACCCUAAAUGGUUCACUUUAUAAAAAGAAAAAAAUUAAAGACAAGUUUAUGGCUACCAGUGAGCUCUACGUUAACCAAACAGACAUUCCCCUAAAAGUAACUCUGUUAGCCCAAGUCCUGUGAACCCUACAUAGGUGUAUUUUAAAUGUAGCUACAUUUUAAUGUAAAAACCUAUUACCCCUCUUUUCAAUUAAUAAAGAUCAUUUAUUCAGAAUGAAAUCUUUAUACAUGUUCCGAGUGUUAAGAAUAAAUGUAUAUAAAAUCUU